AUGAGCACACCUAUUCUCGACCGCCCGCCUUACACAAUUCACAAUCUCCCAUACGGCGUCAUCUCAACGGCGAAGGAAGCAUCUCCGCGAUGUGCAGUUGCCAUUGGUAAUCAUGCGGUCGACCUGGUGCAAUAUGCCAGCACUGGGAAGCUAGAUAGGAUUCAAUCGGGCCACGAGCGAUUUCAAACCAUUUUUGCACAACCCACCCUCAAUCAAUUCGCAUCAUUAUCAUGGGAAACAAGAAAGGCUUUAAGAAAGCAGCUUCAAGAAGAUUUGCAAGCCGGUCGAGUCCCUGCGACAUGCCUUGUCCCGCUCUCAGAGACCAAACAGCAUCUGCCUAUGCAAAUGGGUGGCUUUAGCGACUUUUACACAAGCCUCGAUCACUGCAAGAAUUGCAGUGGCGAAUUGACCUCCGCACACAUCUUCAAGAAUUGGUAUUAUGCACCCUCAGUAUACAACUCGCGCGUGUCAUCGGUCCUACCAUCACCGCGCGACAUUAGGCGGCCGAAGAACGUCGCAUUCUCCGGUGGUCUUGACAGCGAGCCAAAAUAUGGCCCAUGUCAAAAGCUGGACUUCGAGCUUGAAAUGGGCUUCUUCGUGAGCAAGCCGGUCGAGUUCGGCGAAACUUUACCCAUCGAUCAGGUUAAAGAGCACAUAUUCGGCUUCGUAAUGCUGAAUGAUUGGAGUGCUCGAGACCAUCAGCUCUUCGAAAUGCGCCCUCUCGGUCCUUUUCAUUCGAAGGGUUUCGGCACAAGCAUCAGCAACUGGAUUGUUCCCAUGGAAGCAUUGGAGCCAUUCAGCUGUACGCCACAUCUGACACAAGACCCAAAACCGUUUCCGCAUUUGACGUGGCCCUCGAAUGAUGAUGGUGCUCUGGAUAUCAAGCUCGAGAUCAAGCUUGUCAGAGAUGGCAAGGAGACUGUGCUUGGCACUAGCAACCUGAAAUAUCUAUACUGGACGCCAUAUCAGCAAUUGGUGCAUCACGCCGCAAGCGGCUGCGGCAUGCAAACAGGCGACUUGAUAGGUACAGGCACCAUUUCAGGCAGCGGGCGGAAUGACAAGGGCGAGAUGGCAGAACUAGGAUGUCUUUACGAAGCCGAGCGAACGAAGACUCAAGUGAUGCCACAGGUCAGCAGUACGUAUCAGCCAGGAUAUUUGGAAGAUGGCGACGAGAUCAUCCUUGAAGGCUGGUGUGAAGAUGGCAACGGUAAUGUUGUGCUUGGCUUUGGCGAGUGUCGAGGAAGAAUCCUGCCUCCGAAAUAA